AUGAUCAAGAAAUCGAGUUUCGGGCCGGGCGCGUCUGCUCUGAUCAUGAUCCUGUCGAUUCUACUGCUUCCCGGUCGGUUACGGGCUGACCCGCGAACCCAUACCGUGCUUUUCGAGUGCACAAACCAGCUCGAGGAGAAUACCACCAUCUUCGUACCCAACUUCGUGGCCACUAUGGAGAACAUAAGCACCCAAAUCCGAACAUCGGGCUUUGGCAGAGCCUCAACGGGCUUCGGACCCAAUGCCAACUUUGGGCUGGCCCAAUGCUACGGCGAUCUCUCCAUUGUGGACUGUGUCCUUUGCAAUGCCGCGGCCCGAACACUCCUACCGCAGUGUUACCCGUAUAACGGUGGGCGGGUUUAUCUCGACGGGUGCUUCACGAGGUCCGAGAAUUACACGUUCUUCGAGGACUAUACCGGGCCGGGAGAUCGGGCCAUAUGUGGGAACACGAACUCGACUCGGCAGGGCGGCCCAACAUUCUGGGCUUCGGCCCGGCAAGCCGUGGCCCAAGCGGUCUCGGCUGCGCCGGGUGAGAAUGGGUUCGCGCGGGCCCGGGUAAGAGUGUCGGAGUCGAGGAACGGUUCAGUUUAUGUGCUGGCGAACUGCUGGAGGACGAUAGGGGAACGGGCCUGUCGGGCCUGCUUGGCGAGCGCGGCCCAGUCGGUUUUAGGGUUUCGUCUCGUUAAGACUCGAACUCGGCUAAUUAACAAUGAUAAACGAGCCGAGCUCGAUUUCUGGCUCGUUUAUUUAACCUUUCGAUUAUUUUUUCAAGCAGGGAGAUUAAUAGCGAUGGUGGUGGCAUCGGUUAGUGCAGCGGCAGUUUUGGCGACCGGUGCUUAUAUCGGAGUGUAUAUUUGGAGGAACAAAGCUAUUGAGAGGAAGAGAAAAGGAGAUGCCCAUAAGCUAGUGAAAACUCUUCAUGACAGCAGCUUAAACUUCAAAUAUUCGACUCUCGAAAAAGCCACGGCCUCGUUCGACGAAGCCAACAAGCUCGGGCAAGGAGGGUUCGGUACAGUUUACAGGGGUGUUUUACCGGACGGUAGAGAAAUCGCGGUCAAGAGGCUUUUUUUCAACAACAAGCACCGAGCGGCCGAUUUCUAUAAUGAGGUCAACAUUAUAAGUAGCGUCGAGCACAAGAAUCUUGUUCGGUUAUUAGGGUGCAGCUGCUCGGGACCUGAAAGCCUUCUCGUUUACGAAUUCUUGCAGAACCAAAGCCUCGACCACUUCAUUUUCGAUCCAAUCCGAGGCAAGACGCUAAACUGGGAAAAAAGGUUCGAAAUCAUAAUCGGGACAGCCGAGGGAUUAGUAUACCUUCAUGAAAACACGAAGAUAAGGAUUAUUCAUCGUGACAUAAAGGCGAGCAAUAUCCUCUUAGACUCGAGAUUCCGGGCGAAAAUCGCCGAUUUCGGGCUGGCCAGGUCAUUUCAAGAUGACAAAAGUCAUAUAACCACAGGCAUAGCAGGAACAUUGGGAUAUAUGGCCCCCGAAUACCUAGCACACGGCAAGCUAACAGAAAAAGCCGAUGUCUACAGCUUCGGCGUUCUUCUACUAGAAAUAGUCACCGGAAAAAUGAAUAACCGAAGCCAAACCUCAGAGUAUUCGGACAGCCUUAUAUCCAUCGUAUGGAGGCAUUUCAAGGAACAAGCUGUCGAGAGGCUCCUAGACCCGAGCCUAACGAACAAUAACAGCAACAACAACAUUGACAUAAAAAACGAGAUGUUGCGUGUGGUCCAUGUGGGACUCUUAUGCACGCAAGAAAACCCGAUUUUAAGGCCAGUUAUGUCCAGGGCUUUACUAAUGCUCGUCAACAGAGAUGAACUACCGGCUCCGACUAAUCCUCCUUUCAUGGACGAGCGAACCAUGCAACUAAACGACUCGAGUGAAAAUACGUUACUACCCCUACAGAACGGGAGAAGCGAUGACUCGGUUGCCAAUAUGUCACAUAGCAUUUUCUAUCCAAGAUGA